AUGGCGACUGUAAACUUACUGGAAUACCUUCGCUCAAGAACACAGGUGGAUAUUGACACAUACGAUGCUGAAGCUUCCAAAGAGAUCGGGCCUUUUCAAGAUGCAACAGGAAACCAAUUCGAGAUUCAAGCGGAGAUUGUUAAGCCCAGUAGAAGCGCCGUCUUGUUGAGAUCACUAGUGUUGGCGACCACAAUCCACCCACAAUUUGCCACUAUUACCCUUGAGGAGCUUGCUGUGGAGGUGGUGGGUAUUGAACUGGCCCUCGAGGUGAUCCAAACUGUCCAUGGAAAUGUUCAUGUUAUGGUCAAUCCGAGCUACUCCUACAAUACGGAAGCUAUAGUUGCGAAUGCUCAGCGACUUCAUCAUAUCUGCCAAAUCGUCGACCCCGAUUUCGACACGUCUCGGCUGGUUACCAAGAUUCCAGCGACAUGGGAGGGAAUGCAGGCUGCGCGUCAGCUCAAGCGAAUUGGAAUAAAGACUUUGGCCACCACUCUCUUCUCGAUAGAACAGGCGAUCCUUGCGGGUGAAGCGGGCUGUAUAUCAGUUUCACCGUUUGUGCAUGAGCUCAAAACUGAAACUUACGAAGGAUACAAAGACACAAACCCAAUUCUUGGUGUCUGUGUGCAAGCACAGCAGUUCUAUCACCAAAACUCUCUGCCUACACGACUGAAAGCCUGUGUGGCACUGAAUCUUGAUGAGCUGAUUAUGCUCGCCGGAAUCGACGCACUGACUAUAGCACCCAAGGUUCUGAAAGUUUUGGCAGCCACAGAGAGAUCCCAAGAGGAGGUGGAGAGUAUGUCCUUGUUUGCAAAAACCGCCAAGACCACCGAGACUAUCAAAUAUCCCUCAUAUAUCGACUCCGAGAGUCAAUACCGGAUUCAUUUCGCUGCAAGUGAAGGUGGAAAGGCACAGUUCAAGACAGCUCAGGCAAUUGCUCUGUUUUGUGAUGCUCAAACGGCGGCGGAGUUGUACAUUGCAUCUCAAUUGGAGGACUCUUCUUACAUCCCAAUUAAUCUAUGA